AUGGGCAUGUUACCCCUCACCUGCCAGCGACUGCAAGUGACACUAACUUCAAAGCUGUUGCAUCUGCACAUUACCUGCGCGCACCAGCCUUAUCCUCCUCAAUAUUACUGCUUCCCUUUCCUAUUCGUACUUUCGCAGUAUAGAAAUCGUCGCCUGUUAUCGCCACUACCCAUGGGCAACACAUCUUCAAUGCUCACUCAAUACGACAUCGAAGAAGUCCAAGAGCACUGCAGCCACACCUUUUCGCAGCAAGAGAUUGUUUCGUUGUACCAGAGGUUCUGCCAACUGGAUCGAAAUGGUGGGGGUUUUAUCUCCGCCGAAGAGUUCCUUUCAGUGCCUGAAUUCGCCGUCAAUCCCUUAUCUCAGAGAUUGUUGAGGAUGAUAGAUGGAUUAAAUUUUAAGGAAUUUGUGGCAUUCUUAUCUGCAUUCAGUCCUCGUGCUACUUCACAGCAGAAAAUUGAAUUUAUUUUCAAGGUGUAUGAUUCUGAUGGCAAUGGUAAAGUUAGGUUCAAUGACCUGUUGGAUGUGUUGCAUGAUUUGACUGGACAGUUCAUAUCGGAACAACAGAGGAAGCAAGUGCUGAUCCAAGUCCUUGAGGAAGCAGGCUACACAAAGGAUUCUUCAUUAGUUUUGUCAGACUUUAUAAAGAUUCUUGGAAAUCCUGGUUUAAAAAUGGAAGUUGAAGUUCCUGUCGAUUGAUGCGAGGAGAACGAGCAUCAGAGCUACAAAUUUCAGGCCAAACUGUGUAUGGCAUUAGCAGAAUACCAUUUGCAUUGGGGUGUGGUGUUCCCUGUCUUUCUUAUUUGUAAAUCAAACUAUUGCUUUUGUGAGGUAUCUGAUUUAAUUUUUUUUUUUUUUCAUGUUCUCUGGUUUCCUCCAAGUUGAUAAUGUUGUUGCUCCUGGAGAAUUUUGCGGUUGAUGAUGUUUAAAUUUUAAAUAAAUAGAUAUUUUAUUUUACCAA